AUGUUGAAGUUUAACCAAGGUGAUUCUAAUGGUAACAAAGGAAAGAAUGCUUACUCUUCUUGGACAAACGAAGAGAGGGAAGAACUUCUGAGUCUGCUGGUAGAUGCAACAAAACGUGGAUGGAAGGACAAGAAUGGUUCAUUUAGCAAGAGAACCAUAGAGAAAAGUAUUUUACCUGUUCUAAACCAGAAAUGCAACUGCAAUAAGACUCACGAAAAUUACAAAGGUGCUAUGAAAUGGUUUAGAAAUAGAUUUGAUGUGGUAAAUGAAGCUUUUAAGAUUGGUUCUGGAUUUGGGAUAAACCCAGAUAAUGGGUUGUUAGAAGCCCCAGAAGAAGUAUGGGAUGACUACUUUGUUGUUACGAACCACAGGCCUCAUAAGUGGAUCAAAACAACUGCAUUUGAUGAUUACAACGACAUAUGCAUCAUUUUCGGUGGUAAGGCGGCAACGGGAAGAAUUACUGUGGAUGUGAGCCAAAAUGUUACUACUGCAAGAACUUGUGAAAAUGAAGACAAGAUUAUACAAGAUUAUGUGGAUUCUGGUCUUGGAAACUUUGAAGAGCCUUAUUAUCCCCUUUCGACCCAACCUGUAUCUGCUGAGCAUGGAGAUGUUUACAGUCCCAUCUUGCCAAAACCAAAUAGUGGAAACCAAAAUGAAAACUCAGGUCCAAAAAAAAAAGAGCACGGAAUGAAUCUGACACUAUUACACCAGCAACUGAUGGCAAAGCUGGACUUAUGGGAAAUGUUUCUGCUGGGGUUACCUCCAUUGCAUCUCAUAUGA